AUGGCAUCCUCAUCCCGACACGUUUUCCAUCUCAAGAACUCUUACCCGUUCUUCGAGAACGACCAUGGCAGCAUCCAGCGAGCAACAGCCAAGGAGCUGCCCAUCCUUAAAGGCAUGUCCUUGAAGAGGCUGGUGCUGAAGCCCAAGGCGAUUCGCGAGCCACAUUGGCACGCCAACACCCCUGAGCUCACCUACUGCCUCAAGGGCGAAGCCAUUGUGUCGGUCACCGACAGCCACUCCGCUUUCAAUGCCUUCACGAUCAAGGCUGGCCAAAUGUUCCACGUUGAGUCUGGAAGCCUUCACCACAUUGAAAACCUGUCCGACUCCGAGAGUGCAGAGUUCCUUGUCUGUUUCCGCCAUGAGAAGCCCGAGGACUUCUCGCUCUCAGCCUCGUUUGGCGCCAUGACGCCGGCGGUCCUUGGGAACACUUGGAACCUGCCUAGCUCUGCCUUCAAGAACAUCAAACUCUCCACCGAACCAAAGGAGAUCAUGCUCCGCGAGGGCGAACCGACAAUCCCGUCGCAAGUUCACAUGAAGAAUCCCCAUAAGUUCGAUGUCGAGGGAUCUGAGCCACAGCUGAAGGGCGAGGGCAUUGGAAGUGCACGACAAGCCAAGGCACAGUUCUGGCCAGCCCUGAAGACACUCGCCAUGUACUCUCUUCGAGUCGAAGAUGCCGCCAUGCGUGAGCCUCACUGGCAUCCCAUCACCGCCGAGCUUGGCUACGUCAACAAGGGCCAGGCCCGCAUGACGAUUCUCGACCCUGAUGGCAGUACGGAUACCUACACACUCAAGGAAGGCGAUAUGUACUACAUCCCUCCUGCAUAUCCUCAUCAGAUUGAGGUUCUGCCCGAAGGAGGCAAAGAAAUCCAUUUCUGCAUCUUCUUCGACCAGCCAAUGCCUCUUGAUAUCGGAUAUAAGUCGAUGCCCGAGGGCAUCCCACAUGAGGCUAUGGCUGCGACGCUGGGCAUUAAGAGAGCGGAUAUGCCUAAGCUGGAAGGCAGCACGGGAACACCCCUGAUGGUGAAGAGAGUGAACGAGCUGGACAAGGUGAAAGAGUGGACCAAGUCGAUGUUGUGA